AUGGCGCAAGCUCGACACCCCCAGCAGCAACCGCCGCCGCCACCGCAGUUCUCAACUCAAGCUUUCUCCCCACCCGUCUCUUCUCCUUCUCCCAACGGCAUCGCAUCUCCUGUCAACGGUGCUGCUGCGCCCCCUCCAUCUAAACGUCCGCGCCUUUCUCCCCUACCACCGUCGCAGACCCAGUCUCCCUACGGUUCACCGAGCUUCAACGCGAUGCAAUUACCUCAAAACCCUUCCCCGAUGAACGGCCAAUCCAUAAACAUGAACACCAUGAAUAUGGCCUCCGCGCCUGCGACACCAGCGCCUGCCCCUGCUGGGACCAUGGGACCUCCGUCUCGCCCAGUGGACAAGACGACAGACGCUGCCGAACUGACAGACGUUCUAGCAUCAUCUGGAAUUGACGUCAGAGAGGAAGAAGCAUUUCUCACUCGGAGUUUUUCAGGGCAGACUGCGCAGGCGCAACCUCCCCAAAGAGGUCCACAAACCCCACACCCACCACCUAUCAACACUUCUUUCAAUUCUCAGGUCUCUACGGGCACUCUCUCGGCUUCGACCAGCUUCGGCGAAUUGCCUCAAAUCAAACCAGCGAUCAGUCAUGAUUCGCAUACCGGUACAUCCUCUCAACCUUCUGCUCCCUUCAAAGAUCCGAACGAACCGACGCGCGAGGACACGGUUGCAGCCAGAAGGGCACAAUAUCACAUCCAGGAACCGUUCUUGAUCACCAAACUUCUGGAGCAGAAGCUGCAGAAACGAGGCUUUGACCUCGGUGUUCGCAUUCCGUCGGAAGGUCUUUUUCAUCCGGUUCCUGGUCGGCCCCAGCCAAUCGAAGUCACUGGGCCGGAUGGGUCGUCUGUUGUACGCACCGGUCAGACAAUUCUGAACCAGGAGGGUGCGCCUCUAGUUGACAUCUUGAAUCUUCUAUCGAUCUCCACUGAAGAGCGACUAAGAGGCGUAAUCGAUUAUUCUUCGACACUCGCGCGGAGUCGCCGAUCUCAUUCUCAUGGAGUUAUUCCCGAGGAGUGGAAAGAUGUUGCACAGCCUCUCGCGCAGACGGCGGGGAAUUCUCAGCCAAUGCAGACCCCUGUUAAACGUCCCCACUCUGCUGUGGAAACAGGUACAAAGCCAAGCGCAGAGCGUUUCCGGACUGCCAUCAAUCGGGAAAAUUCUCUCGAAGAGAAACGCGCCGCGAAGCGUGCCAAGCGGAAUAGUAACGCUAUCCUCAACGAGGCCGGUCGAGCCGACUCAGUCGACCCAGGAUCUGCUCCCUCCACACCUAUGAGCGAAAGACCACCCGGAACUGAUAAAAAAUCGAUGACCAAGAAGGAAGCAAAGAAGAUGACGGACUCCAAGGCAACCGAAGCUCAGCAGCAUGCGCAAUCUGUAGAAACAGCUCGCAUGGCCCUUGGCAACUCCGGUCCCCGGACAAGUAUGUUCGGUACCAAGAAGUCAUACUCGUGGUUGAAGUCUGGAGGCUCUGCCAAUGGAUUCUCCUCUCCGACCCGCCCGACUCCUUCAACUCCCACUGCCGGCCCCGAGAAGUCCAGCGCCGGGGAACCGACACAACCUCAAACGCAACGCCGCCUUGGAUUAUGGCGUGAAGACCAAGAACGGGGCGCGGGCAUUCAAGUCAGGGAUAUCCUCUUCAUGCUUGAAGGUGACGGACGAGCGACGAGACAUGUGCAACGGGGAUAUCUGAAGGAUCCCAAAGAGGAUCGUGAUCGUGCGUUGUGA